UGUGAUAUAUAUAUUUUUAUACAUGUAUACACACAUGCUACCUCUUUUGUAGAGUCCAGGCUAAAAAACUGAAAUGGCAAAUUUGGGUCAGGAUUUAAAAGAGACUACUACAAAAAUACUUUUUUAAUAAUGAAAUUUAAUAUUUGCAUGAAAUAUGUAUAAAAUAUAAUAUGUGAUUAUUUACUAUUUUUAUUCCUUAUCCCAAGUGUUCUUGACCAGGCUGGAUGCUGAUCUCUGCUGCCUGGUCUAGUGAAAGGUGUCCGUGCCCACGGCAGGCGUUGUUGGAAUGGGAUGAUCUUUAAGAUCUCUUCCAACCCAGGCCUUUCUGUGGUUCCAUGACAUAUUUAAGUAACACUGCUGUGUACUUGUGCUGCCACAGGUCUGGGCAUUUUAGCAGGAAUGCCCAGCAGCCUCUUACGGUCUUCAUUCAGCUCUCUCCAUUUUACCAAAGAGCUGGGGGUGCCAAGUUGCUCUUUGGACAAGGCUAAAAGCAGGCAACCUGUUGAAGCCUGUUUUGUAGGUGUUGGCAGAGCUGUACUGCAGCCUCUGCCCUGCUCCAGCAUGUCAGAGGUGUGCAAUCAGACUGGCUCUGGACUACGGCACAGUACAGUGCCAUCACUGCUUGGCAUAGUCCUCUGGUCCUUCCUCAAGUACUUGUUCUCAGCAGAGGCCUUCUGACAUCACUUGCCGUGCCUCUUGCGAUGCAGGGUCUGGUGGUGUUGCCUUCAACAGAGAUGGUGCUGUGCUCCACAUCUUGCUCAAGCUACUGGAGAUACUGUCCCCUGACAGUAUAUAACCCAAGGCUGAUAAAGCAUAGGUGGAAGUGGAAAGAGAAGGGAGUCUUGUCCUAGAUAUGUAAUUACAUUAGUAGCAAGGACAAGUUUAUUGACUCCUGUUUGAGGUUUCUAGACUGUUCUGCCAGACAUGAAGGUUGAGAUGACAAUAUUCUCAACUUGGUGGGACAUACACUUUCCAGUGAACACACACUUUUUCCCUUAGAAGAGUGAAGCUGUUAAUGCUCAUUGUUUCUGCCUCCAGUCAGCUGGUUUCUCCAGGGGAAAUUUUGCAGCAAAAUCAGAGAGUGCUUCACAGUCCACAGUGGUGCAAAGUCAUAUUCAUCAGCAGCUUAAGCUAGAAGAGCUCACUAGAGGCAUUCCCAAAGUGAACGUUUCUUUGCCAUUAUCUGCCAUAACUCAUACUAUUCCUCAUUACAGACACAGAAACUAUAUCCUUUGCUUCAGGGUUGAAAACAGGCUGUCAAGUAAAAAGCAGGAAUGUGCUUGAUUAUUGCCACCAUGUUCUCACAGUGCUCACGGGAUCUGUUAAAGAUUGCAAAUCUUCAUCUCCGGAGUCUGAAUUUAAAUCUACAUUUACAAAACCACAGAAGGGCUUUCAGCAAGUCACUGCCUGCAUGUCGAAGGAAAGUAGUUGUUACAGGUAUUGGCUUAGUGUCCCCUCUUGGUGUGGGGACUCAGUUUGUGUGGAAGCACCUUCUGGAAGGAGGCAGUGGGAUUAUAUCACUAGAUGGGGAAGAAUAUGCAGGCAUCCCAUGUAGAGUGGCUGCGUGUGUGCCAAGGGGAAACAAGGAGGGUGAGUUCAGUGAAGAAAGCUUUGUGUCGAAGUCAGAGAUCAAAUCUAUGAGUUCGGCCACCGUGAUGGCCAUCGGUGCAGCAGAGCUUGCAAUGAAGGACUCUGGCUGGUCUCCCCAGUCUGAACAGGACCGCUUAACGGCCGGUGUGGCAAUUGGGAUGGGGAUGGUUCCACUGGAAGAAAUUUCUGACACAGCUGCCUUAUUUAAAACAAAGGGUUACAGUAAGGUCAGCCCUUUUUUUGUCCCGAAGAUUUUGGUCAAUAUGGCAGCAGGCCACAUCAGCAUUAGAUACCAACUGAAAGGGCCGAAUCAUGCUGUGUCGACCGCUUGUACCACAGGUGCACACGCAGUUGGAGACUCCUUUAGAUUCAUUGCUGCUGGUGAUGCUGAUGUCAUGUUGGCUGGAGGGACUGAGGCUUGCAUUAGUCCUUUGUCUUUGGCUGGAUUCGCAAGAGCCCGGGCUCUCAGCACGAGUUUUAACUCAAGCCCUAAAACAGCGUGUCGACCCUUUGAUUCGCAGAGGGAGGGGUUUGUAAUGGGAGAGGGUGCUGCUGUGCUGCUCUUGGAAGAGCAUGGACAUGCCGUGCAAAGAGGUGCUAGGAUCUAUGCAGAAGUUUUGGGUUAUGGACUGUCCGGUGAUGCUUGCCACAUAACAGCACCUAAUCCCGAGGGAGAUGGUGCAUUCAGGUGUAUGUCUGCAGCAAUAAAGGAUUCUGGGAUCAAACCUGAAGAUGUAACAUAUGUCAAUGCACAUGCAACUUCUACACCUCUAGGAGAUGCUGCUGAGAAUCAAGCAAUCAAGAGACUUUUUAAAGAUCACUCACGUAACAUUGCAGUUUCCUCAACAAAAGGAGCAACAGGACAUCUUUUGGGGGCUGCAGGAGCUAUUGAAGCAGCUUUUACUGCACUGUCCUGCUACCAUGGGAUUUUGCCACCUACUCUAAACUUACAGAAAACAGAGGCAGAGUUUGAUCUCAAUUAUGUUCCAUUGACAGCUCAGGAGUGGAAGACUGACAAACGGCGCAUAGCACUCACAAAUUCAUUUGGCUUUGGUGGCACUAAUGCAACUUUGUGCUUUGCAAGUGUUUAACUUAUGCUGUCAAUGGUGUGAAAAAAUUGCACCAAUUAUGAUUUUCUGUACUACUGUCUCUGGUGUGUCCUGUAAUAUUUUCUCAGCUUUGAGAGUUGCUCAUUUGAUACAUAAGAACUUUAUUCACCCUGGCAUUUACACCAAUAAUUCUUUUAGAAAGAAGGAACUUCUUUUACUCAUUUUAAUAAAAAUAAAAAAGAUCUA